GAGACCCAUCAACAGAGAGAGAGAGAGAGAGAGAGAGAGGUAUUUGAGAAGGAUCAAAUGGCAACAAGUUCAACAAGACAACUGCUUAGCAUUUGUUUCUUUCUUUGUUAUACGCUCUCUCUUUCAAAUGGGAGAGUUACUCCCAACUUCAAAAUCAGAGCAGUGAAUCUGGGAGGUUGGCUAGUUACAGAGGGAUGGAUCAAACCAUCUCUCUUUGAUGGCAUCCCCAACAAAGAUUUCUUGGAUGGAACUGAGCUGCAAUUCAAAUCAGUAACGGUGGGAAAAUACCUUUGCGCCGAACAGGGUGGAGGAACAAUCAUAGUUGCCAACAGGACCUCUGCUUCAGGCUGGGAAACAUUCAAAUUGUGGAGGAUCAAUGAGACGACCUUUCAGUUUAGAGUGUUCAACAAACAGUUUAUGGGACUAAAUCACGCAACUGGAAAUGGGAUUGAUGUGGUUGCCGUCGCGAGCACGUCAUCAGAAACGUUUCAGAUUGUUAGGAAUUCUGGUGACUUGAGCCGCGUUCGCAUCAAGGCACCCAAUGGGUUCUUCUUACAGGUGAAAACAAAGGAACUUGUGACAGCUGAUUCAAAGGGAGAUGGUGGCUGGGGAGAUAGCGAUCCAUCUGUUUUUAUCAUGACAAUAAGCGGGAGAUUGCAAGGCGAGUUUCAAGUAACAAAUGGCUAUGGUCCACUCAAGGCACCGCAAGUUAUGAGGGAGCAUUGGAGCACAUUCAUAGUGGAAGAAGACUUCAAGUUCAUAUCAAAGAAUGGAAUAAAUGCAGUGAGAAUUCCAGUAGGGUGGUGGAUUGCCAGUGAUCCAAAACCUCCACACCCUUAUGUUGGGGGAUCCUUGCAAGCCUUGGACAAUGCCUUCCUAUGGUCUAGAAAAUAUGACAUUAAGGUUAUCAUUGACCUACAUGCUGCACCAGGUUCUCAAAAUGGUUUUGAGCAUAGUUCUCCCAAAGAUGGAUUUCAAGAAUGGGGAUUAUCUAACCAAAAUAUACAACAGACAGUUAAUGUUAUAGACUUCUUAACUGCCAGGUAUACUAACAACCCAAGCCUUUAUGCUGUUGAGCUGAUCAAUGAGCCGUUAGCACCUGGAGCAUCACUAGAUAGUAUAAUCAAGUACUAUAAAGCUGGUUAUGAAACUGUUCGAAAGCACUCCAAAACAGCUUAUGUGGUUAUGUCAAACCGGUUAGGACAAGUUGAUCCUAAAGAACUAUUUCCUCUUGCUAGUGGUUUAGAGAGAACAGUAAUUGAUGUACAUUAUUACAACCUCUUCUCUGAUGUUUUUAAGGACAUGACUGUCCAACAAAACAUCAACUUCAUCAACACCAACCGAGCAGCUGAUUUGAAUCGGGUUACUACAUCAAAUGGGCCUCUCACUUUUGUUGGGGAAUGGGCUGCAGAAUGGCGGGUGAAUGGGGCCACAAAAGAGGAUUACCGAAAGUUUGCUGAAGCCCAAUUGCAAGUGUAUGGGCGGGCCACCUUCGGUUGGGCUUAUUGGACUCUCAAGAAUGUCAACAAGCAUUGGAGUCUUCAAUGGAUGAUCCAGAAUGGUUAUAUCAAACUUUAAAAUUUAGUACUGCUUGUUAUUCUCAGUAUUUUAACCCCACUCAAAAUAUAAAAUAAAAUAAAUGUAGGGUUCUUUUUUAAAAAAAUAAUAUUGGUCGUUUGCUAAACUAAAAUGACCAAUCAGCUAUUUAAUUAGUGAAA